AACCACAGCAAUGGAUGAGUACACAAAAAUAGAGAAGAUUGGGGAAGGUACCUAUGGUGUUGUGUAUAAAGGUCGGCACAAAACCACAGGCCAAGUGGUUGCAAUGAAGAAAAUACGUCUAGAAAGUGAGGAGGAAGGUGUUCCAAGUACUGCUAUCCGAGAAAUUUCUUUAUUAAAAGAGCUGCAUCAUCCCAAUAUAGUCUGUCUUCAGGAUGUUCUCAUGCAGGAUUCAAGACUGUACCUCGUCUUUGAAUUCCUUUCCAUGGAUCUCAAGAAGUACUUGGACACCAUUCCAUCUGGCCAAUACCUGGAUCGUUCUCGUGUUAAGAGUUACUUGUAUCAAAUCUUGCAAGGUAUUGUCUUCUGCCACUCAAGAAGAGUUCUGCACAGAGACUUAAAACCUCAGAAUCUCUUAAUAGAUGACAAGGGAGUGAUUAAACUGGCGGAUUUUGGACUGGCUCGAGCCUUUGGAAUUCCAGUGCGUGUGUACACUCAUGAAGUAGUGACACUGUGGUACAGGUCUCCAGAGGUGUUGCUGGGAUCCGCCCGUUACUCUACUCCUGUGGACAUAUGGAGCAUAGGUACCAUAUUUGCUGAGCUGGCAACUAAAAAGCCACUUUUCCAUGGAGACUCAGAGAUUGACCAGCUUUUCAGAAUCUUCAGGUAUGUCAGGCUGGACUUCUGCUUCCUGCUUGUGCAGCACUGCACAAGAGUGCUGUGCCGUUUGAAACCAUGAUCAAGCAAACAGAUUUCAGGCUAAACUGCUUAAUAUUUUGCUUAUGCUUCCUAGAGCUUUAGGGACCCCCAACAAUGAGGUAUGGCCUGAUGUGGAAUCCCUGCAAGACUACAA